AUGUAUAUUUAUUUGGGGUUUUGGGUGUGGGUGUUGUUGGUGUGGUGUUGGGUGGGUGGUGGGGGGGUGGGGGAUGGGGGUGGGGGUUGUGUGAUUUGGGUGGUUGAGGUGGGGAGUUUGGGGUGGGGGGGGGUUGGGUGGUUGUUUUGGUUGGUGGUGGGGGGGUGGGGGGGGGUGUUUGGGGGGGGGGUGUGUGGGUUUUUGGGUGGGGGGUGUGUGGGGGGGGGGUUGGUUGGUGGGGUGGGGGGGGGGUUGUUUGGGGGGUGGGUUGGGUUGGGUGUUUGA